GGCACAGUAGGAAUGCCGCUGGUCUUGAUGUGCUCCUCACCGGUGCUGCCACAUGUUCCCUCGGCCAGGACCCUAUUCAGAGUGUCAGCUUCAUCAAACGUCGGCGCCGGUGCUAGCGAUGGCUUCCCGCCAUUCCUACCAAGAGCGGUGGAGCGCAUCAAUGAUGUCGCCGCUAUUCACUUGGCCAAGCGAAUUGAGCGUCUUCCUGUGCAUACUGGCUUCUCCAAGGGCCCAAUACUGAGCAGCUGUGUGAGGCCACUGAAGCAGCAGGAGAGCAAUGAUCCGGUUGUACUGCUCCAUGGCUUUGACAGUUCUUGUUUAGAGUGGAGAUACACGUACCCAUUACUGGAGGAGGCUGGACUGGAGGCUUGGGCUGUAGAUAUUCUUGGAUGGGGCUUCUCUAAUUUAGAAACAAGACCACCAUCUGAUGUAUUGUCGAAGCGCCAGCAUCUUUACCAGUUUUGGAGUUCCUACAUCAAAAGGCCAAUGGUGUUAGUUGGACCCAGCCUUGGUGCUGCUGUUGCCAUUGAUUUUGCAGUCAGCUAUCCAGAAGCGGUGUCAAAAUUGGUGUUCAUUGGUGCAAGUGUAUAUGCCGAGGGCACAAGAGAUCUGACGAGCUUCCCUAAAUUUGUUCCAUAUGCUGGUGUUUUUCUACUAAAGAGUCUUCCACUCCGAUUGCUAGCUACACGAUUGGCGUUUAAGAAAAUUCCAGAUGCAUUAAUAUUUUUCGAUUGGGUCCAGAUUGGCCAUCUGCAUUGCCGACUUCCUUGGUGGGAAGAUGCCACUGUUGAUUUUAUGCUUAGCGGUGGUUAUAAUGUCAUAAGAGAAAUAAAACAGGUGGAACAUAAAUGUCUGGUCUUAUGGGGAGAGGAUGAUGAAAUAAUAAGUAACAAACAAGCAUACAGGUUGCACAAAGAGCUCCCAAAUGCAAUCCUAAGGCAGGUGCGUCACUGUGGUCAUCUUCCCCAUGUCGAAAAGCCAAGGGAAGUGGCAAUGCAUGUGCUUGAUUUCGUAGGGCGUGAGAAAAAAGACAAAGCAGAAUAAACUUCAUCGACAUGACGACCAUCGAAAAUAAUACUAUCCUUUAGACACACUGGUUAUUUACGGCCGGUUCCAAGCUGAUGAACUUGGGCGAAGAUUUACAACAAGGCGUUUUGUUCCUCUGAAAAGGGGGUUGAAUGAGGCUUGCAUUCUAGGUGCCUAGCUACGCUCUUCACUUGACACUUCGGUUCGAGGAACAGCCGAGUAACUCUGCUCAACUGGCGCCAAUAGCAAGACAUUGUUUUGGAGACGGGGAAGUGAUUCAAGGUCAGAUCUUGAGAACAGAAGAACCACAAAUAUUAUGUAUUGAUGAGUUUCUUUAAUAUGGGUCAUACAUAGAGAUCUGAGCCCCUAGCUGUAUAGUAGUAUCUCCUUGGAGUUUGGCAAUAAUGACGAUUCUAGUAGUGCA